AUGGGGUCUGCACCACCGGAAAAGGCUACCGAUGCAGUCCUCGUCGCGUCAGAGCCGAUCCCAGAGGGUGUCCAGCAAGUCAAGGGCAUUGACUGGGCCUCAUUGCCUCCGGAACAACGAACAGUCAUAUCGAACUUCGUGGAUCAACUCACUGGUCAAGGCUUCCAAUCAAGUUCAAUAGGCGAUGCUAUUCGCAUCAUCAAUGAUAUGAGAUUGUGGCGGGAUCCCGAGACGGGGGACAAGACAACCAUCUUUCUGGGUUACACGUCCAAUAUGAUCUCUUCUGGUCUACGCGAGACAUUUCGCUACUUGGUGCAGCACCACCACGUGUCUGCUAUUGUGACGACGGCCGGUGGCAUUGAAGAGGAUUUUAUCAAAUGUUUGGCUCCCACAUAUCUAGGCUCGUUCUCCACUCCGGGGGCUGCAUUGAGAGCCAAGGGCUUGAAUCGCAUUGGUAACCUGGUUGUGCCCAACAACAAUUACUGUGCAUUUGAGGAUUGGCUCGUCCCUAUCUUGGACAAGAUGUUGCAGGAGCAGGAAGAGCGAUUCGCGGCCAACGGCGAGCGCUUUGUGUGGACUCCAAGCCGUAUCAUCCAUCGCCUCGGGAAGGAGAUCAACGACGAACGCUCGGUGUAUUACUGGGCUUACAGAAACGAUAUACCUGUGUUCUGUCCGGCCUUGACGGAUGGCAGUCUGGGGGACAUGCUGUAUUUCCACUCGUUCAAGGCUUCACCACUGCAGCUUGGCGUCGACAUUGGUCAGGACAUUCGCAAAAUCAACACGAUCGCGGUGCGAGCCAAGCGGGCCGGCAUGAUCAUCCUGGGCGGUGGCGUGGUCAAGCACCACAUAGCCAAUGCGUGCCUGAUGAGGAAUGGCGCCGAAAGUGCGGUGUAUAUCAACACCGCCCAAGAGUUUGAUGGUAGUGAUGCCGGCGCCAGGCCGGACGAGGCCGUUAGCUGGGGCAAGAUCAAAGCCGACGGAGACAGCGUGAAGGUGUACGUGGAGGCAACAGUCGCCUUUCCUCUGAUUGUGGCCAGCACUUUUGCUCAAGCUGAUUCGUGA